UGAAGCGUGAGUAACUUUCCAGAGAACCUUCUGAGAAAUUCAAGCAGUGGAAAGUGGCAGCCACCAGCCGUUAGUUCAUCUACUACCCAGUCAUCCCUGAACCAAAAAGAAAAAAAAAAAGCUUCUCCCAAAGCACAUGGUAGGACACCUCUGGAGAAGAGGGAGGAGACUGAUAACGUAUAUUGACUUCACUCAAAAGCCAGCUGUCCAUGCGCCACCAGGUUUGUCCCCUCACUGGAAGAACGGGGUCAGCCAUGUGACCUGGGAAAUGUUGACUGCGUUGUGCACAAUGCCCACAGAGCACGUUUCCAAAUCUCAGCAGACUUUUAAAAUGUUGGUGCCCUCCCUUGCAAAACCAAGCUGGGCUUUGGCAUUAGAGAUGGUGGAAAGAGACUCGCCUCCGUUGCAGGGCUGGUCCCAGAGGUGUGACAAUGUGGUGUAGAGGAGAGAGUGAGCAAGUACAGGCGAGCUUUCUAGCAUUCAUUCCGUCUCUACCGUUUCAUGAUAUCCUCACUGGCUUCCUCUGUAAGAUGAGCAGCCUUCAGUGGAAGUGUAUCUUGAGCUUUUCAAUGAGAAUUUACUUAUUCAACUCUACCUUUUGAAAAGUCCCCGUGUAUCCCCCGCUGGACUCUCUUUGGCAAUGAGGAAGUCUUAUGAAUUUUGAUAACUUGGUGCAUUCUAAAAGAGUUUGAUUAAUACAUUAACCUUCAUGGCUGUUCCCACACUUUACUGUCUUGUCCCCCAAAAGAAAGGUGACUUUUUUAGAAGCAACCCACAUGGUGUGUUAGGAAAAUAGGUAUUAUGGACGGGGGAGAACUUUCUAUGUGUCUGAUGCUCAAACAUAUGAAAAUAAGUACCUCCUGUGAACCAAAGUCUUAGGCCCAAGACACAGACGCACACUUCUGAAACCACUACCCUAAAAGGUAAAGAUUCGAGGAGCGGGAAGAACUCUUAGCCAGUUGCAGCCAGAGGGAGAGAAAAUACAGAGACCUUGGCCAAGCUGAGCCCCAAAGGCCAGGGGCUCACUCUUGAUUCUCCCUGGAAAGACCUAAAGGAGCUGCUGACAUUUCUCUUAAAAGAAUCAAUGUGGUUCUCUUCUGUCUGCUCAUUUGACCUUAUUUCAGUUUGAAACAUAGAAGAAGGAAAGAAAAAACUAAAUUGACGUGGGGUGGAAGUUAGGCAGAAGGAACAGACAAGGAAAUGCUCAGGCAGGAUCCUAGGCCGAGGACUGUCACCCCAGGGCGGUACUGUCUCUUGCCUUCGCCCUAUUUGUUCUUGCUUCUCAUUUCAGAUUCUAGCCCUGAUGUAAUAAGUCAUCGUCUUCCCAGCCAUCAUCCCAGUAUUGACAAGCAAAUGUCAUCCGCAUUUGAUUGACAUCCUUUGCUCCUGAAUGCAAAAGUAUGAUUUACAAAUCAAUUCCACUUGUUUAUUUAAAGCUGUUCUUGUGUGUCUUAUGUAUUUGUUAGUGCCAUAACUUGCCUGAUAUCUACUCUGGGGGUUUUACAUUAUUAUUACAAAGACAGGCUUUCCCUUCUCCCGCUCUCUCAUUGCAAAUGGGGCUCUUCUUUCUCACCUUUUUUUUUUUUUUUUUUUUAAUUUUUGUCCCGUGCCUCAAUGUACAUCCAGGAAAUGUGCCGUGAAGCCUAGAGGACACUUUCCAUACCUUAGCAAAAGAUGUUGCCCAGUACUCUUGCAAAGGCUGCUUGACUUGUCUUAAGACUUUUAAAGACAUUUUUAACAAGUAAUUAUUUUUCAUUUAUGUAGUGUAAGUAAAUGCAACUUCAGGUCCAAUGGCAGUCCUUCCUGAAAGGUAGCUAGAAAUGUAAUCCUGUAAGUGAAGGACAAAGUAUAUACUCACCAUCCACAGCAUUGGUUAAAAGAAACCCCCACCCCCUCGCCAUUAGGUGGUGGGCCUGUUCACUCACAAUCGUUCAAAACGUCCUGUGGCUUUUCAAUGUGCCUUAAAUGUUCUCUGGGUAACAUCUUACUUCAUCUUAGGAGGCUGGAGAGGAAAACCAUAAGGUUAAAAAAAAAAAAAGAAAGAAAGAAAAAAAACCCAUCUGGAAAAUUCUAAAGGGCCCUUCUUAUGUUAAAAGUGGCAUUUCAAAAAACACCUGAAGCACGGGUUGAUUGUGGGUGAGCCAGUAGAGAAAUCUUGUCAACCGAGCCACCCUCUUUUCAACCUUCACCUCCGCCCUCCAACUGGCGCCGCCGGCCGCAGUGGGAACUAGAGGGCUUAGGUGUGACCUUAGAGGGCCCAAGGCUAUUGCACAUCUGUCUCCCUCCCCCCAGGAGUGUCCAGCGAGAGCGCUGCCAUCACCUGGGCUCGGCAAGGGAGUAUUCACGAUCUCACUGUUCAUCCAUGUGCAGAGGGGAAGAAAAAAAAGAGAGAGAGAGAGAGGCUGGGAAAAAAAAAAAAAAAAAAUCCCACAUUGUCAGAGUAAUGCCAAACUCUCUCUGAGUGGGAUGAGCAGAGCAGAUGCUGCAGUGAGAUGCCAAAGCGGCUCCCCUUCCUCUGUGCCUUGGGUGCCUAUAAAUUGCUCCGGCGCGCGUUUGUCAGCCUCCUCUUCUCCUGGCAGGUGGUACCCAGGCAGAAUUCUGCGUUCAGUCUCUCUCUCGCUCCGCUCCCGGCCGUGAGGCGCUCGCCGCUGCUCACUAGCUCCUCCGCUCCAGCCCGGAGCCUCGCCGAGCUGACCGUGCCCGCCGCCGCUGCUCCGCGCACCCGGGGGUCGGCUGUCCCGAGCUCGCGCCGCCAGCGCCGGGCGUUGGGGGUGCGCGUCUGUUAGAGUUGUGGUGGUUGCAAAGGAGGGGGAGAAAGGCAGUGGAAGGGCGAACAGAGCAAACGAAAGAAGAAAAGAAGGAGGCAGAAAAAGGCAACUUCAGACGGAAAGUUGGUGCGAACUGGCGCAGUCGGCAAAAACGGAAAAGUCGAUCGCAGGCGGCGGCUGCAUAAAAGUGUGAGCUGCCCGGGCCAGCGCGAGAGGCGGCGGCAGGCUCUGCCCUUCGGGUGGCCGCGCCGGCGCCCGCGGCAGCCACAGACAAGAGGAUCGCCCCGCGCUGAGCCGGCUGGUGGGCAGCAGGAGGCGCCUGAUCGCCGCCGGGGCGCUGGGGGUGGUGAUGGUGCUGCUGCUGGUCAUCCUCAUCCCGGUGCUGGUGAGCUCGGCCGGCACGUCGGCGCACUACGAGAUGCUGGGCACCUGCCGCAUGGUCUGCGACCCCUAUGGGGGCACGAAGGCGCCCAGCACUGCCGCCACGCCCGACCGCGGCCUCAUGCAGUCCCUGCCCACCUUCAUCCAGGGCCCCAAAGGCGAGGCCGGCAGGCCGGGGAAGGCGGGCCCGCGUGGGCCCCCCGGCGAGCCUGGGCCGCCGGGUCCCGUGGGCCCUCCGGGCGAGAAGGGCGAGCCCGGCCGCCAAGGCCUGCCGGGCCCGCCCGGGGCGCCCGGCCUGAAUGCGGCCGGGGCCAUCAGUGCCGCCACCUAUAGCACGGUGCCCAAGAUCGCCUUCUACGCCGGCCUCAAGCGGCAGCACGAAGGCUACGAGGUGCUCAAGUUCGACGACGUGGUCACCAACCUCGGUAACCACUACGAUCCCACCACGGGCAAGUUCACCUGCUCUAUCCCGGGCAUCUACUUCUUCACCUACCACGUCCUGAUGCGCGGAGGAGACGGCACCAGCAUGUGGGCUGAUCUCUGCAAAAACAACCAGGUGCGAGCCAGCGCCAUUGCCCAAGACGCUGAUCAGAAUUACGACUAUGCCAGUAACAGUGUGGUUCUUCAUUUGGAGCCGGGAGAUGAAGUCUACAUCAAAUUAGAUGGCGGCAAAGCCCACGGAGGGAAUAACAACAAAUACAGCACAUUUUCUGGAUUUAUUAUUUACGCUGACUGAUCACGCUGAAACUAAGCUUAUUAUUCUGAGUUUGAACACUGGAUUCGUAUGGCUAACGUCCGUGAAUCAAGGAUCCCAGGGGAUGCCGGUUGCGGGGCACCUCAGUUGUGUAUAUGUGGGGAAUUCAAAUGCUACCUGACUCACAUCUGUAUACGCAGAAACAUUAUGUAAAAAAAAAAAAAAAAAAAAUUAAAAGCAAGAUAAGCAGAUGUGUUAUCCACUACCGCCAAAGCAAAUACUCCUCCUUAUCGUUAGUGUCCAUGUGAAUGAAGUCCUAUAUAGAUCACAAAUUUUUAUAGAAAAAUCUAAGACACUGAAUUAUUUCUCCAAUAUAUCUGAACUUUGGUGUACUGUGAUCUUGCUGCUUUUAUCCAUAUGUCAGCUUUGGUUCUUGUGAGUUUACCUGCUUAUUAUGAUACCUGGAAUCCAUUCAUAGUGUGGGGAGAAUUAUAUUACCCUGCAGGAGAAGGUCUGAUUGAAACAAUGCUGCUUGUCCCCAAAGAAAUUGUUUGCCUUGUACUUUUGUUAACUUUAGAGCUAGUCCUGGGAAUGAUUCAACUUCAAGCCUUAACCUGGAAUUUUCUGGAUUUGAGGGAAUUCCCAAGCCUAUGAUCAUUUUCACAUUUUCUUUUUUCUUGUGAAUUUUCUUUUUUCUCUUUCCCAGUGAUAGUCUUUAAAAAUAGAGAUCGAAACUGUAUCAUAGGAUUACCCUCUAAGUGUGAAAAUGUGUAAUUAUGUAUGGUAUUUAGAAAAUCCCUUGUGUGUCUAUUUUGUCCAUAGGAUGCGUUUAGAUUUACUUAGAAAGUCAGAGAAAUUUAUUCUUUGGUGUUAAAUCAGACUGAGGCUUUUGCCUUCUUUGGAACAAAAGAUUAUUCAUAACCCAAUGAACAAUGGUUUAAUUUGAGCUACUGCACGGGUCACCAAAGGGAUACUAAGUAAGGCCUUCAAAUAGUUACUACAAGUCACGGCCUGAGGUUAUUUCAAAAUGAGCAAUUUCACAUAUAACCAAUAAGACAACAAAGUGUAUAUAUUUUAUACAAAUACCUGCUACAUAUACAUGUAUUUGUGUGUAUACACACACACAUAUGUUAGAUCAAAUAUAAUAUAUACAUGGCUUCAGACCAUAGGCACAGUGGCUGUAUAGCCUCAAAAAUUUAAUUUAAAAAAAAGUAUGUGUAUAUAUACACACAAACACUCAUAAAUUAUUCGACUUUUUUUUUAUCAAAAUAUAUUUUGGAUUACAAAGGCAUAUGGAAGAGUAAAAUAAUUUAAGUGGCUUCUCUUUUAAGAGUUACCCAGAAAAUUAAAUUUUAUUCGGUUAAAAUGCCCUAUACAUCACAUGUCUGUAAAUUAUGCCUCUGGCUUCUUUAUUACCAUGUGCCAAUCAAUAUUUCCACUGGAUUCUGUGGCAGACUGUUAAUAUUAGGACUGCAGAAACAAAGUGGCUCUCUUUUGCAAUGUUUAUGAAUCAUAUACAUUUGAAUUAUCCAUUUUUUCCCUUUUUUCUCAGGUGGAUUAAAGCUGACGGUAAAGUAGAUGUUGAGAGUAGUGUAUAUCAUUUCUCUCUGGCUAAAAUACAUUGCCAAAAGCCAUCUCUUUAAUCUAAGAAAAAGAUUAAAAAUGCAUGUUGAUAGGUCCUAACUAUCAGACAACUUCCACUAUAACGAUUAAAAAUCUGCACCCCUCUCAGCUGCCUUUGAAGAGUCUUUGAGCAAAUCGAUUUGAAAAACAGGGAUUUAAAAAUCUGCUUGUUUUACUGAAGGACAUUUGCAUUUUUUCAUUUAAAGGAAUUAGUUUGUUCUCCUGGCUUGUUCCUCGUGGGUACUUUCUGUUCUAAUACACAAAAAAAACUCGAUCAUCUUUGAUACACAGAAAUAUCUCGUAUUUAGAAAACCUCAACUUUGCAAAAGAGUUACGCAUGGUGUUCCCAUCUGAAGGUGCUGUUGGCUUGGUUUAAAUGCCUUGGUCUGAGUAACUGUCAUGAUUUUUAUGAUUAAAAACACUUAGCCCAUUCA